UAGAACUCUGUCGUAUGGCUUCACCUAAUGGUUUUUUUAACCACUUAACUUAUUUUCUGGCUGCUGGUGCUGUUACUUUGGGAAUUGGUUUCUUUGCUUUGGCAUCAGCUUUGUGGUUCCUGAUUUGCAAACGAAGAGAAAUAUUUCAAAAUUCCAAAUUUAAAGCAACUGAUGAGAGAUGCAGGCAAAGAUCAUUAAAGGGAAAGAUUAAAUCUCAUUCUCAGUGUGUCUUUAUUUCUCGAAAUUUUCAUACUGGAGGAUUCCAAUCACAGGCCUCAUGUAUAAUGAUGAAUAGAAGUGUCGAGAACAGUUAUCCUUUUUAUAUCCCUGAUCUCAGAGAGAAUACAUUCAACUCUUCACCAGAGGAGCAAAGAAAAAAGGAAACAGCACAUAUAAAAGUAAUAAAAGAUCACUCUAAAGAUGAAUUCUGCCUUGCAACAAAAAAGGUCAUUUGUGACCCCUCAGAGACUAGCUCGGCAACACAUCCCAGCAGUGUUACCUUAAGCUUAUCAACACUACCAUCUGAUUCUUAUUACAGCCAAAGUAUAGAAGCAGCUGAUGACUGGUUUUCUGAUGAUACUCUAGCAAAAAAGAACUCUCCAGUUCCUUUUCUCAGGGAACCUCUAAUGGAAAAAGUAUUUUCAUACCUGUCAACAAUUUCAUUAGAAGAUUGUACUGAAAAUGUACUGAAUAUGACACUUUAUGAUGAUCAGAAAGAUGACAGCAUUAAGGAAAUAUUUUCACGAAGAAAUACAGAGGUUGAAAUACAAAACCUUCAACAUAAUAUUGAAUGACUUUUUUUCUUUUGAAACAUUGUAUAUACUGAAGUCAUGGAAAGUUAAAAAGGAAUUACCAGCUUCUGAGGUUCUUAACAUGUCCAUACUAAUAUUAGUUGUUCGUUACCAUAGAGUGGUCCUACUUCCCUUGCCAAUUCUUAUUUCUAGAAACAAAAUUACAGGAAGCAGUAGAGUGACAUCAUGAACAUUAAGCUCAACUCCUUGUAUCUCAUCAAAGGACAUAAUAAAUAAUAUGAAUGUA